CCAUAUACUUGCACAAGUCGGGACCAAGUCUAUGCCAAGACUAUCGCGCCCCGAAGGAGUUGUCUAAAUUGAAGAAAGAAAAGAAAAGAGAACCUCGUGAAAGUGUGCGGGAUUGGCCGACGCAACAGGAACGUUGAUUUCUCAAUCACCCCUACCACUUCACGUCACACUAUCGGUCCCUGUUAUUCAUCACUGAAAAGUGAUCCCCCUUUGGGCUGGGUCCCCCGUGUUGAUGACAUGUCGUCCAAACUGAAUCUUAAACAAACGCCUCAAGAGGCUGAAGAUCGGGCUAGGCGUCAAGCCCAGCGUGCGGCUCGUAGGGAAAGUCCAAGGCUGUACCGCAAUGAAUCUCCGUCGUCGCGGCAACACCAUCGUUCCCGUCGUCCUCAUCGAGACCGCUCUGCUUCAUCAACGCAUCCUACAUUCCCGGGCCCCAGCCGGCAUGCUCGUUCUGCUGCUCAGUCUGCUAGCUAUUACAGCAUGGAGGAAGAAGACUUGGCUUCCGAGUCCUAUGAGCCACGGAAGACUGUGGAUGAUCUUCGAGCUGAAGCGGAAGAAGCUUAUUUCCGUUCGAAACUUUUCAAUGCAAUGGCAGACGAUGAACGUCUGGAAGCACUUGAGGCAUCCUUUAACUCUCAUGCUCAUACUCCUCAUCGUUGGGGUUCUCCCGUGGCCUCAUCGGCUACGGCGAAUGAUUCUGCCGCAGACAUAAACGCUAUGUCUGAUGAAGAGUAUGCAGAGUGGAUUAGGAGGGGCAUGUGGCGUCGCACACACCGUGAAGAAGUCGAAGCCGAAGCACGGAAACAAGAGGAAAAGAAGAGAAAGAAGGAGAGGGAACGUGCAGCACGUAAGGCAUACGGAGAGGCAGAGAGGCGUAAAGAAACACGACGAGCUGCAAAACGAGCUGAGGAGAAAGCCCUAGCCCGAAGGGAAGCGGGGAUCACUUACCAGUCCUUUUGGUCCGAAUUGCAGGCCCGAGCCGCAGCUGCAUCAUCUACGUCCGAUCAAUUCGGGGCUGACCCUCCUUUCCUUACAUUCUCCCUCAUACCUUGGCCGGUAUUCGAACUACCUGAAGGCCCCGAAACUAUAACAAGAGAAGCCGUAUCUGAGUUCCUUCUCUCUGACGAUCAUUCUCCCGGUAGAACGCAUAAACAAAGGAUACGAGAGGCUUUGCUAGCAUACCACCCUGAUAGAUUUGUGGGGCGAUACAUAUCGCUAGUUGAAGCAUCUCAUCAGAAGGCUGUGGAGGAAGGUGUUGGAAGAGUAGUACGGAUUCUGAAUGAUAUGCUGGAAGGGCUGGCAUCUAGAUAAUAUUUAUUACAUAUUUAUUAUUAUCAUUAGUUCACAACAUGCAAUGGUUCAAUCACUUC